ACUCACUCACACCAGCAACACGACGCACAAUGUCCAGCACGAGCCCCAGGAAGCGUGGGGACCUGGAGGACUUGACGUUCUACGUGCUACAGGUUGGCCGCCCGCCGUGGGAUGCAGAGCGGGACAUGCAGCUGAUCCGGCAACGCGGCGGCAUCGUUAUCGACGACCCAGGAGAUGCGACGAUUGUCAUUAUCGACACACCAGCGGCAAGGCCUGACCGCGAGACCAAGCACCGCGUGUACAAGUACGCCGAGCCCCUGGCCGAUGACGCACCGGUCGACGAGUGGACCGUCGACCUGCUGGUGCGGCGGUUCGCAACCGAAGACAGUGGGACUAUCGUGCUGUUAUCCAAGUGGCUUCAGAAGAACAAUGCGGCCUUUGGUCCGCUGUACAGUGGAUACCUCGUCCGCGGUGUGCACGUCCCUGCCGAGUCGGAGGACGAGGAGCCCGAGCCACCCGAGCCGCCGAUGCCCGAUAUCCCAAGCGACAACGGGAGUGAUUAUGAACCGGCGGAGGAGAAGGUCUCCACCCCGGCAGGCAAGGGCAAGGGCAAGCAGCGUGCCGACAGUGACGAGGAGUACUCGCCUGCUGGCGCGCGAAAACGCACUAACGGUCGGCACAAGGCCGUCGAGUCACCCAAGGCCCGGCGCGGGCGGAGGAAGAAACAGGACUCGAGCAGCGAUAUCGAGUUUGUCGGAUCCAGUCAACCACAGGGCUGGAAGCGGUUCAUGGUUGAUACUGAAGAAGAGGACGAGCCGGUGAAGCGGGGACCUGGGCGGCCGAGGAAGGUCGUGCCGGAGGACGGCGGCGAGGUCGCUAAGCGCGGCCCAGGACGACCAAGGAAGCCGACCUUCGCGGCGAACCCGCCCACGCCGAGAGCGUCGAUGUCGGGGGCUAUCUUCGCCACUGGGCGGUACCCGCUCACGUUCUACGUCGCGCCGAGCGACAACGACCUGCUCGAGCGGCUGAUUCCCUCCGCGGGCGGGGGCGACCUCGUUUCGGCGUCCGAGGCGAACAUUGUCAUUCUGCCGCUCGCGCAGGGCGAGGCGCCGACGACCCGCGAGCACAUCAAGCUUGUGGAGAAUGCCCGUGGAGGGGUGGCGCGUGUUGUGAGCGAGGACUGGGCGUGGGACUGCUUUCGCGCGCACCCGCCCACGCUGCUCGACCUCGCCGAGUACGAGGUGUCGCUGGACGGGGCGGGGUCGUCGCAGAGGAACGCGAGAGCUGUGCCCUCUUCACAAAGGUCGGCACCGUCGUCGUCCCAGCGGCACGCAUCUGCGUCGUCACAGGCCAAGCGCGCGGCCUCCAGCAGCCAGAGCACACCGGCCAAGAGGCCGCGGGCGUCGUCAACCCUGUUUGAGGAGGACCACCGGUGGGACUCGUCGCGACGGACCAACCACGAGAUGGCGUACUAUGAGGACGAUGAGCUCGACUUUGAUAGUAUUCUAGAGGAACACGUCGAGCGCGUCGAGCUGCUCAUCCACUACCUCCGCCGUUGGGACAAGCAGGGCGACAAGGGCGACUUUAUCAAGAGCCUGGCGAAGACUAACUCGGUGCGCGGGGCGAUAGACAUCUACUACAACAAGGGGUACCAGCACCUCAUUGACCGACAAGUACCGGGGCUCAUGCGCGCGGGGCGGCGGGCAUCGGGCAAGGUGGUCCCGGUCACGAGUACUCCGUCCAAGGCGGCCCCAGUGGCCAGCAGCACGUCGUCCAAGGCCAAGACUACCCGGCCUCGACGCGACCCCGACGAAAUCAACGUGGAGCUCAUUAAGGAGGACCAGAAGGAGCGGGUCGUCGAGCUCAUCAAGGCGCUACGGGAGUGGGACAAGACUGGCAGCAAGUCCCAGAAGCUGAAGGACUUGGGCAGGGAGAUUCCCGGCGCCAUGACGCUAUACUAUGCCCACAGAGACUUGGUAGAGAGACAGGUGCCCGGGUUGUAGGGGACUAUCCACUGUCGCGACCGGGUGACCAGCAACCGUCCUUGGCCCGGGGUUGAUUCAACUGUCGCGCCCGUUUCGCGGACAACCAAAGUGGAGGUCCAGCACACGAC